AUGAAUUCCAGCAUUUCUCAUUCUGACUGGAACAAGUUAUACUGUGCUCAGGAGAAGUUGGAGGAAGAAAAGACUCAAACCCUUCAAAAGUUGCUUUGUCUUCAAAAACAAAAGAAGUUUCUCCAUAAAUGUGCUAGUCAUUUUCUCAAAUCUGAUAUGAAAUCUUUAGAGGAAUUGAAAAAGUUAGAAGAGGAGGAGAAAAAACAGUGUGAGGCACAAGCUGCUCAUCAACAAGAGGUGGAGCAGCUUCUCACAACUAUUGAUGACUUCUCUUUUGAACUUUCUGAUUCACAGCUCACUCAGUUGAAUCAGUCUCUGAAUUUCAUCAAUGAAACUGUUGAAUCAUCUGUGUUACAUUUGCCAGAUGUUCAAUAG